UGGCGCUGGGGGCGUAGCGAGCGGCGCUGGCGUACGCCUGGGGCGGGCCCCCUGCUGGCUGGCGGGGGCGCCUCAGUGGGACCCGUUAGAGCGGCAGGAAGACGCGGCCCCCGCCCGAGGCUGAGGCAGGCGGCCGCCGCCCGCGCCGACAUGUCGAAGCGGCUGAGGAGCAGCGAGGUCUGCGCGGACUGCAGCGCUCAGGACCCCUGUUGGGCAUCAGUAAACAGGGGAAUUCUGAUUUGUGAUGAAUGCUGUAGUGUUCAUCGGAGUCUAGGACGUCAUAUCUCUCAAGUGAGGCAUCUUAAACACACACCAUGGCCUCCAACGUUGCUUCAGAUGGUUGAAACACUGUAUAAUAAUGGUGCUAAUUCCAUAUGGGAACAUUCUUUGCUGGACCCUGCAUCUGUUAUGAGCGGAAGGCGCAAAGCUAACCCACAGGAUAAAGUGCAUCCCAACAAAGCAGAAUUCAUUAGAGCUAAAUAUCAAAUGUUAGCAUUUGUUCAUCGCUUGCCAUGCCGAGAAGACGACAGUGUUACUGCCAAGGACCUUAGUAAGCAACUCCAUUCCAGUGUGAGGACAGGGAAUCUGGAGACGUGCUUGAGAUUACUCUCUCUAGGAGCUCAGGCCAACUUUUUUCAUCCUGAGAAAGGAAACACCCCGCUUCAUGUUGCUGCCAAAGCAGGACAGAUUUUACAGGCAGAGUUGUUGGCAGUCUAUGGUGCUGACCCUGGCACACAAGACUCCAGUGGAAAAACUCCAGUUGACUAUGCAAGACAAGGAGGGCACCAUGAAUUGGCAGAGCGCCUUGUAGAAAUACAGUAUGAACUUACUGACAGACUAGCAUUCUAUCUCUGUGGCAGGAAACCAGAUCACAACAAUGGACAACACUUUAUUAUACCUCAAAUGGCAGACAGCAGUCUAGAUUUGUCUGAAUUGGCAAAAGCAGCUAAGAAGAAGCUUCAGUCUCUAAGUAACCACUUAUUUGAAGAACUUGCCAUGGAUGUAUAUGAUGAAGUUGACAGGCGGGAAACAGACGCAGUUUGGCUUGCUACUCAGAAUCACAGUACACUGGUGACUGAGACCACGCUUGUCCCUUUUCUUCCUGUAAAUCCUGAGUAUUCUUCAACACGGAAUCAGGGAAGACAGAAACUAGCUCGGUUUAAUGCCCAUGAAUUUGCUACACUAGUUAUAGACAUUCUAAGUGAUGCCAAGCGAAGACAACAAGGGAAUCCUGUCACUGGCUCUAAAGAAAAUGUGGAACUGAUAUUGAAAGCUAUCAACAGUCAGCAUAGUAGUGAGAGUCAAGAUAACGACCAGCCUGAUUAUGACAGUGUUGCGUCAGAUGAAGAUACAGAUCUGGAAGCAAAUGCAGCAAAAGCAAAUAGACAGAAGAGCCUGGAUUCCGACUCGUCAGAUGGACCAGUGACAGCACAAGAAUACAUGCAAGUUAAGAAUGCUUUGGUGGCUUCUGAGGUAAAGAUACAGCAGUUAAUGAAGGUGAACAUCAACUUGAGUGAUGAACUGAGAACCAUGCAGAAAAAGCCAAAUGUAAGAUCCAAUUUGACUUGCAUCCCAACUAAAAUAAUACUUCAAACACUACAGAGUGAAAAUACGAACCUCAGAAGACAGGCCACAACCAAUAUAUAUCAGGUCCAAACUGGUUCUGAAUACACAGACCCCAACAAUCAUUCUUCUUUAAAGCGACGACCAUCUGCACGAGGUAGCAGACCUAUGUCUAUGUAUGAGACUGGAUCGGGUCAGAAACCCUACCUCCCAAUGGGAGAAGUCACAUAUCCAGAAGAGAGCAUAACAAGACUGCAGCCUUUCCCUCCACAUAUCGGGAGGAGUGCGUUUGUGACCUCCUCUUCAUCUCUGCCUUCCUUCCCCUCCACGCUUUCCUGGUCAAGGGAUGAAAGCACACGAAGGGCAUCGAAAUUAGAGAAACAGAAUAGCAUGCCUGAAAGUGACUAUGAUAACCGCACCCCCAGUUUGGAGUUGGAUGAGACGGGGCCAGGUAGGAAAGGAAGGCAGAGAAGUAUCAUUUGGCAGGGGGAAGGGUCUAUCCCUGAGAACUCAGAUACAGAUGCAACCCCAAGUUCCACUUUGCCCAGUACAGAAGAUGUUAUUCGAAAAACUGAACAGAUCACUAAAAAUAUCCAGGAGCUGCUGCGAGCAGCACAAGAGAAUAAGCAUGACAGACCAUUAGAGCGUGCAAGCAUGCUUAAGCUCAGACAGAGCCUCGGCUGUUUCAGUACCCUGGUUCCAUGGGCCGAGAGAGCUCCCCUGCAGCCUUGGACCCAUCAGCAGCCUGAGCCUACCUGCUGUUAUAUACCGUGCUCGGAAAGAAUACAUGUGGCAGUAACAGAAAUGGCAGCCUUGUUCCCAAAAAAACCCAAAUCUGAGCUGGUAAGGACGUCGCUGCGGCUGCUGACAUCUAGUGCCUACAGACUCCAGUCUGAAUGCAAAAAAACCCUGCCCAUAGAGACCUGCCCUACCACGGACAUCCAGCUGGUCACUCAGCAAGUGAUUCAGUGUGCAUAUGACAUUGCCAAGGCUGCUAAACAACUGGUUACCAUCACAACCAAAGAGAACAACAACUGAGUCCUCUCGGGUUUUUUAGUCUUGGUUUUUUAGAGAUUGGAGUUUAAAUUUAGACAUGUAACUUUUCAAAUUUUUACAAGAAAACUAAGGGGGGAAGUUCAACUUUUUUAAACUCAGUAUUAUUUUUGCAUGUUUUCUAACAGAACUUUCAAAGAUUAAUUUAACCCACUGCCUUAUUUUUGUGCCUGUGUUGCCAGUUUAAUGACUGAAUAUAGUGUGUUGCAAACAGCUGUUGAGCCAAUAUCACAUACCAACAUUGUAUCAGAGGUUCUUAUAGGAGAUUCCUUGGAGCUGUAUUCUGCUUUCGGAUAUUGCACGCGCACACACAACUCUCAUUGAAGUCAAAUGCGCAUAUCAAAGGGCAGAAUCUAGCCUUGAACUGCUCUGCAUGGUGAAUCCCCUUGAAUAACACACUCUCUCUCAGCAGGACAGUGGACUGUGAAGGCUCCAGGAGUGUAACUGUUGAACAGUCAGUAGAAUGAAGUUUUAUAUAGUCUUCCUGAGAAUUGAAUACAAAGUUAUAUUCUCUGUUUCAUAUCAACUGUUGUGCAAUAACCAGUCCUUAGUCUGCUGAAACUAGUAGUUGUGGGCAUCCAAACCUAUUAAAUGUUAACUCUACAAGGUCUUUGUCACUUUUAUCUAUUUUGGAAGGAAGCAUGAGAUUAAGUAGUUUCUUUUAGUUGUCACUAUGCCACUAGUCUAUACAUUUGAUGUUACUUUAGAAAGGCAUUAGUGGUUACAAUCUAUCAUUUUCAUUUCUCUAAAAAACUCACUUUGAAGUUUCCCACAGCAUUUAUUCCCAUUUUAGUGUCCUCUUUAAGGCUGUCUCUUGUUUGCAGCAGUAUUGUUGUUUAAUAUCUUUUUAGAUGCAGUUUCACUAAAGAGUUCAGUGAUUUCUUUAAAAUGGAAGAUAAGAGGGCCAGUUCAAAAGAAGCCAUGCCUGACACGGUACAUCAUAUCUAUACCUCACUGUAGUGGAAUGUGAAAAAUACACUUUUUAUAUAGUACCUCUCAUGCCAAGCUUCCAAAAACUACAAACUAUAUACAGAUUGACACCUACCUUAAGGGUCAUCUUCAAUACACAACCCACCAUGUGCUAACCAACCACUUUAAUGUAUUCCCUAGCUAAGUUCCAGUACCUUUUUCUUUAAAGUUCAUGGGUAAAAUUUUCAAAACCACCUGAAUCCUCAUUUUCAAGGGGGACACAGGUACUUAAAGAGCCAGAGUCUUACUGAAAGUCGGUGAGAUUUGGGUUCUUAAGUGCCUGUCACCUUUGAAAAUGUGGACUUAAACUCCUAAGUCAAGCUCAUGCCUACUGACCUGUUUUGAUAAUCACUUAAAGCACUGUUCUACUUACAAGUGAACCUGUGAAAAUGACAUUGAGAGGCCCCAGUCUGGCUACAAACAAUUUGUUCAGUUCAUAUAUAAAAAGAUGUUUUUCCUGUUUACCAAUCAGUCCUAUAACCUCCCCCGGAGAUCUGAAUGUCAGCUGUUCUGAUUCGUAUGCAAUCAGUAAUGACGAUUCAGAGGCACUCAAUGACACCUGUACAGUACCAAUAUCUGCAGUGAGUUAAACAGCUGAGGGCAGAAUUUGGUCUUGCAAUGGGAACUUAGUUAACUAUCAUGUUUUGUGAUUCGCUGUAGCUGUGCAGAUGCUGUUGAGCUAAAAGGAAAAAGUAGUUGAAUUAUUUUUGUUGUUGAAGUGAGAAGAUAAGAGACUGAAUGCAAAGAGGGAGCAGAUAUGUUGUAGUUCUUCAUUAUUUUUUCUAACUGUAACAACACUUAACAUAGCUAUUUCCCAGUGAUGCUAAACCAUCAGAUAAUGACUGGAUUAUAAGCCCUGGAUGUUAUACAUAGUUACAUAUAUAUAAAAACAUGAGGAAGUUUAAACUCUGAAGGCGGGUUUUCCACCACACUAACCACCUUCCCCUGUGAUAAAAUACUCCUACAAUUCGUAGUUUCCUCUGGAGGCCCCAAAAGCCAUAGGACCACACGCAUGCAGUCUGCUAUGUUAGUUUACUCACUGUGGCUUGGUCUACACUUACCCCCCAAGUCGAAGUAAGGUACGCAAAUUCAGCUACGUGA